CUGCACAGUGGCAAAUGCAAAACAACAAUGAAAUGCAUGCUCAAUGCAGAAAAGUGGCGCCAGAAGUGGCAAACGCUGCCAGCAGGAGUCGGCGGCAAUUGUCAGCGACAGCAGCAGCAGCAACAACAACAACAACAUCAACAAGUUGCUGGCAUUCGUGUAAGGGCGACAAAACAAUUGCCGCUGUGGUUAUUGAUGCUGAUGCUGCUGCUGGCAGUUGAGCAGGCAAAUUCAACAACAGCGGCAACAACUUCAACAGCAACAGCAGCAACACACCCAACGGGCACAGCGAAUGCGCCAGCAACAGCAACAACAACAACAACAACAACAGCAGCAGCAGCAGCAGCAAUCGCUUCGGCAGCGGCAACAUCCUCCUCAAUGGCCAGCUCCUGGUUAGGAGCAACUGCAGCCCAAGGCAAUCCAUUUAAGAACCUUCUGCGAAUCGGCGAUGGCAACAUCGUCACGCGUACGGCCAUUGAGCAAUCGCUGGUGACAAUACACGACAUCGCCACCGAAAAUCUGGGUACACUGUGCAUCUCCACGCUUUAUCGACCGCUCCAGGUGCCCAUCAACUCGGAGCGGUUCGAGAGCAGCAGACAAAAGGCCGAUUUGGCGGCAUCGAUACUCCAGGAAGUGGGCAUCAUACGACAUGGCGGACUCUCGGAUGCGCUGGCCAAGGGCUUGCUCACGGAUGAAUACAUAAAUGGUGCACGCAUUUUAGCUUUGAACCUAACCAACGGCGCGGUACAGUCCUACGUCUGGUGGGUGAAGAGCGGACACGAUACGCAGCGCUACGAGGAGGAGGGCCUGCAAAUUGGCAAAAAGCCUGCACACAGUUAUCCCUGGUUUGAGGAUGAGAGCAGCACACCGACAUUGCGCAGCCCGAAAUUUGCGCCGAGUCCACCGAAUAACUACUACAAGGGCUGGUGGACCUACCCGUACUUCUCGUGCGCGCUGAGCAAGUGGCUCGUCUCGUACAGCAUUGCGAUACCGCCGAGUGGACGGCAUGGGCUGCGCGGCUUCAUCAGCGUGGACAUCGAUGUGACCUCGCUGCGGGUCAACCAGUGCGAUGCGCUGCCCUAUCGCUUCGGCAGCCAGCAACAGUUGCUGAUGCGGCAAAGGCAGCCGGCGCGGCGGGCGACGGCAGCAGCAGCUGCGAUGGCGAGUGCCAAUGAUGUGGACACCAUAAAUGAUUUGCAGGCAUUUCACAGCUCUCACAAAUGCCAUCGCGCCUCCAUGGUGUGCGACUAUCGCCAGCCGAGCGCGGAGGCGCCGACAAUAAGCAGCGGGAAAAUAUUGGCGGCCAUGUCCGGCAGCAGCUGGUCACGUGGCGCCUAUCAAUGCCUGUGCAAGCGCGGCUUUUAUUCGCUGCGGCAUCCGGAUGGCUUCAAUGGCACCAUCAUGGAGAUUGCCUGGCAGGAGCAUCAGGACAAUAUAAGCAAUUACUAUACGGAUGUAUUCAAGUGUUUGCCUUGCGCACCCGGCUGUGACACCUGCACCGGCCCCGAGCCCUGCCUGGCCAACUAUCAUUGGCCAUUCAGAAUAUCCCUGCUGACCAUUUCGAUUGGCUGCGCCUGCGGCACCUUUGUGCUACUGUGCUAUCUGUUCCGACAUCGGCGGGUCAAAGUCUUCAAGGUGGCCAGUCCCAUAUUCCUGAUGAUCACGCUCAUCGGCUGUGCCAUUAUGUAUCUGGAGAUGGUCGCAAUUUUUCCUUACCUGGACACCACCUGGUGCAUUGCCACCAAGUGGACGCGUCACAUGGGCUUCUGCAUUACCUACACCUCGCUGCUGAUGAAGACCUGGCGCGUGUCUCUGACAUAUCGCGUCAAGUCGGCCCAUAAGAUCAAGCUGAACGAUCAGCAGCUUCUGCAGUGGAUGGUGCCCAUAUUGCUCGUAAUGCUCAUCUAUCUGGGCACUUGGACUAUUUCGGCCACGCCCUACGCUGAGGUGAUCUACGAUCAGCAUCAUCUUAAGUUCAAGCAAUGCUCGUACAAUUGGUGGGAUCACAGCUUGGCCAUUGGCGAGGUCUUCUUUCUGGCCUGGGGCAUACGGGUCUGCUACAAUGUGCGCAACGCGGAGAGUCUCUACAACGAGGCGCGUCUGAUCUCUUAUGCCAUCUACAACAUUGCCAUUGUGAACAUUGCCAUGGUCGCGUUUCAUGUGAUGCUCUUUCCGAAUGCUGGGCCCGAUUACAAAUACAUGCUGGGCUUUGUGCGCACCCAGCUAUCGACGACGACGACCAUUGCCUUGGUCUUUGGUCCGAAAAUUGCACGUGUUCUGAAGGGCCAGGGCGAUAAAUGGGAUCAGAAGGCCAAGGUGCGCAGCAUAACCGCAUCCUUUUCGCUAAACGGCGUUGGCCUGGUGCCCGAAGAGUCGCCCGAUCUGUAUCAGGAGAACGAGGAACUCAAAGAGCAAAUCCAGAAGCUGGCACACCAAAUCGAGUUCAUGAAGACUGUGCACAUGCAGAUGAAUAACCGGCAUCUAAAGCCAAAACCUGGUGGCUACUUUACCAUCACAUCGACCUCAUUCCAGGCGCCCUAUUCCAAGAACACGGUCUCCACGGCCCAGACACAAACCGGCAAGGACGACUCCAGCGGGAUGGCCGGAAAUGCGACGCCUUCGAAAUGCAAAUCGCCGAAGGGCAAAGUCUGACGCGGUCAACGAAGUGUUAAAGAUUGCUCAAUAAAUGUUGUUGAUAAGCAUGGCAAGGUCGUAGAGCAGGCAAUUGAUUUUAGUUUCUACCAAGAAGAACAAGCAGCAGAGCAGCAGCAGGAGAGGGAGCUGGAGCUGGAGGGGGAGGUGGAGGAGCAGGCGGAACUGGGUAACGAGGCCGAAUUGCUGCGUCAAUUUCAUCGGCUCUUUGCGCCGAUUGUGAACGACAGCCUGCAGCUGUAUUACGAGCUAAAUAGCCAACUGGACAAGGAGGAUGGGGAUGUGCAGCACAUACGCAUACAUCGCACCGUGGCGGAGCUGAACGAGCUGACCAGCAGCGAGGAGGAGGAAACGCUAAUCACACAGCUCCAUUCGCAGCCGGCGGAGCAACCAGAGCCGCCGGCAACAACGCCCAGCAGCAGCAGCAGCUCCAUAUCAUCCACAUCGAGCAGCUGUCUGUAUGCCAUACACACGCCCCUGCCGGCGCUGGCGGGUCAACGUCUCGGCUCGCCAGCGUCUGUGUCCAGUGAGCCGCAGACCCUAACCGAGCGCGUGCAGGUGCAUGCCAACAACAAUGAGGAGGAGCUGGAGGAGGUAGAGGAUGAGGAGCCCAGCAGCAGUCACAAUAACAACAACAACAACACCUCCUGCUCAUUGUCCUCCACGCUGACGGAUAGCAAAACCUUGGAUGGACGCACGCCCAUUGUGGUUUAGGCUCUCGAUCUGCUUUCUGCUUCACUUUGUGAACAACUGCAACAACAACAGCAACAACAACAACUGCAACAACAACAACAGUAAUUCGCUUAAUGUUUAAACUAGUCUUAAAUAAUGUUUGUGUAUAUGUCUCUGUCUGCCUGUCUGUCUGUCUGUCAAAUUGUUUAGCUGGAUGCGUUUAUGCGUGGCAGAGAUUCGUGCCAAGUGUCCGGCAAAGAAAACCCAACGAUGCGCUAGUUGUGCAAUUUUUAUUAAUUUUAAAUUAUUAUAUAUAGUUAAUUCCAUUUAAUUAACAAAUUUAAAAACAAAAAGUCUAAGUUUUUAUUUUUAUUUAAUUCUAUUUAAAUUCUUUUUUUGCUGUCAAUCUGCGCGACGCAUAAUCGCAUUCGACUCGCUUCUAAUUCCUAAAUUAAUUGUAUUUCUGUUCGGCUUCUUAAACAUACAUAUUUUUGAUCAUCCAUUAACAGAAAAAACAAACAUUGAGCAAACUUUUUUCACUUCGUUCGGAUUGUGAAGGAAUUUGGUGGCAUAUUUGGGCCUGGAGGCCUUGUAGAACGUCAUAUGGCAAGGCUCAUAGAGCUAUGCCCUAGGGCUUAGCCUGAUCUUUCUUAAUUUCUCUCAUGCACCUUAGCUUAAAGUAAUUUAUUAUUUCUACGCACUCGCUCACAGUACUUUGUUGCAAUUCGGUUUAGUGGUCUUUAAAUUCUAAGCAAUUAGUCAAAAUUAAUUUACUUAACUCAACAUAAAUCUACUUAAAUGCAGUAUACAUAAAAAAAAACUUAAGGUUAGCAAAAAGAGUCGAUUUUAGUGUAAUUGGUAAAGGCAUAAAAGGUAUAAUAAAAAUAAUAAAAAUAAAAAUGUAACUUUUGAAUUUUAGCGUACAAUUUUUAAAAAUAAAAAAAAAACUGUUAACAGGCGCGCAAUUUUUCAGAAAUAGUUGGGCAUAAAGUCAGAAAAAAAUCUUACGACAAAUUAUACAAUUAAUUAACAGUUAAGUUAAUGUUAAAUU